AUGUCGUCGACACCCAGCCAGCCCGCAAAUCCACCGCCGAUUCGUUGGCAGUUCAUCGACUCGUCCAACGACAAUGGUGACAAUCUAACCCAAGUCAAACGCCAUGUCAUGCAGGAGUUUAUGCGCCAGAAGCGCGAAACCCAGCAACAAGAUACCUCGUCGGACGACAACACCGGCGACGACCAAGCCGCGCUCAAGAAAAAGAAGAAAAAGGCCAACAACGCGAAGAAGCGCCAGCGGGCCGCCCAGAAGACACAGAAAAACAAGGCUUCCAGUGCCGAGAAUCCCAAGUCAAACAAGAGGCUCUCCGAUACCUCGAAGCGGGGAGGAGAGACAGAGGUUGCUGCUCGAUCACCGGGCCAGUUCAUCGCGAUACAGCCCGAUCAAUUACUGGUUUCUCGUCCAAAGGCAUCGCUAUGGGACUUUAACAACUCGCCGAGUGACUGUAGCGAUUUCUUUGACGAAGCUGUGGCCGCUUACAACAGUCCGACGCUAUCUGCUUGGUCAAGAACAGAAGCGUCGUCCCCCCAGACGCUACUGAGUGCUGCGCGAACUGACCCUUUCGACACCAUGCCGUUGCAACUGACCACCCAGGAUCAGCACCUCUUUGACUUUUAUGUGCACGAGAUGCCCUCGUGCUCCUACGGAGACCACUUCCGUACCAGAUCUGCACACAACUGGUAUACCGAGGUUUUCGUCCCCGAAGCCAUGAAAGGCCCUCUCACUUUUGUCAACACAGUCCUAGUCCACGCAGCAAACACUCAGGCCUGGCUACGAAACCAAACAGAGACAGCGGAAACGCUAUUCUAUCGACAACGCGCCAUCACCAUGCUCACAGAACACAUGCUAAAAUACCCUCACGACAUAUCGGAUAAUGCAAUAACAGCCUGUAUGAGUGCUGCCGCCUUAGAAGACUUUGAUCCGCGCCCCGAGCGUAAGGAAAUCAGCUGGAUUCAUAUGCGGCAAGCUCGCAAAAUGAUCCGGAAACGUGGUGGACCGGCCGCCUUUGAGAAUACGAAGCUGGCAAUGCUAAUCAACUGGCAAGACUAUAUCCUCGCUGGAUACGAGACAGAAGAGGGCAGCGGUAGCUUUCACUUUGAAAGUGACCUAGUUUCUCCUGUCACCAAUGGCUCGCUCAUGCCUUCACUUCCCUCCCCUCCUUGUUCGGUAUCGUCCCCCACGAUUGACUGUACCUCGUCGGUUAACUCGGCUCGAUUGACCAACACAUCAUCCGAGCCAGAAAUAAAAUUCCAGUGCGAGGAGUUUCUGAAUUUCCUCAGUCGUUGUGAACACUUGGCCGUUAGCCAAAAAUCCACACUGCCUGCCACCGCCGCCCCGUAUCGACAUACCGUUUUCCAGCCUACGUCGUUCCUGGGUCAGAUUUUGGCGUCUCCCAAUGCGAAGCGGAUGACAGCCAGCGGAGACCGGAAACAGUUCAUCGCUCGACUGGCAUCCGUGAUGACGUUGAAUGCCGCUCUGUGGGAUUACCGAUCGUCAGUUCAAAGGGCUGAAGCCUUCCUUGACCACAUCGUAUCCAAAGUCUUGGACAGUGAGGUCAACAUGAGCUCAUCCGUUGAGGCUCUACUGCAGAUUCUUCUCUCUUGCCAGGACUUUCCCACGGACAUAUCUGGCAACCCCUUUUCUUUUAACUCGCUCGGUCUGUGGCAGGACGACCUAGAACUGCCCGAUUAUUCACAGUACUCUCCCUCGGCCAUGUCGCCGUCUGCUCGACCGUGGUUCAUCGGCCGAAUGCUCAAAGUCGCAAAGCGCUUGAGCUUGGACUCGUGGGUUCGCGUCAACGAGUUUCUGUUUUCUUGCUUGACGUUGCAAACCAACGAGCCUUCCCUGCAUCUUUGGGAGAAUGAUUUACGACAUGAGAUUCUCCAGGCUCCUUUGACGAGCUAUACCAUGCCUGCUUUAAAAUAA